AAAAAAAGGAUUAAUAAAAUAAAACACUCGCGUCACAAAUAAUCCCUUUUCUGCUGGCUGGUCUCUCGCUCGAACCAGCGCGACUAGCCGCCUUUCCUCUUGGGUCUCUUGCUCGAAUCGCUACGCGCCUUAAAAAUCCCAAUCCCGCAGCUUCUCUUCUCCAAUCGGUCAAUCAAUCAAUCUCUUUCGAUCUCAUUCAAGAUUCGCCAUCUUCAAUUUCCUCAUCUGUUCCCGCUGGCGUUUAUCCCCAUUCCGCCCGCGGUCUCGAUUCAAUCCCCUAGGGUUUUUGCUUUCCAAUUCAUGUCUUCGAUGGAAGCUUCCGGCUCUCUGCUAGGUUGAAAGAGUUGAAUUCGAUUCUUUGUUCCCGCUUUUAUUCUUCGUUACCAUUGGAUCCCGAAGUUGCUUUUCGCCCUAGGGUUUCGAGGUUUCUGCUCGUCGUACGUAUUUGCGUCGGAGUAGACCGGAAUCCGGCGGGCGUAGGGUUUCGUUGCUGGGAUUGGGGAAUUUCUCGGUGGUGGUAGUGGGAUUCGAUUGGGUUGUUGCUUAAUAUAUUCAUGGCGGGAAGGAGACAUGGAGGCUAUUGCGAUAAUGAGUUCCGGGAGCGGGAAUCAGAAUUUGAGUUGUCGAGGAAGGAAUCUGAGUAUUCUAAGGAGAGGUAUGUUAGGUUAGGGAAUGGUACGCAAGAGUAUGAUCGUGACCGCAUUCGAGUUCGUGACUUGAGGGAUAGGGUUAGUGGAGGUAGAAUGGGGCAGAGGGAGGGCAUGAAUGGAGGUAAUAGGUGCUCCUCUAGUAGGAGCAAUUCAGGUAGUAGUAGUGGUGGUGGUGGCAGUGGCGGUGCGGCCGGCCCGAGACGUUGUGGUUCUGUGGGUGUGAUUGUUGAUAAAGAGCCUGGUGAGUUGUCUAGUGAUAGUGGGUCUGAUGGUGCAAUUGAGUCGGAAUCACUGGUCAGUAAAGAAGGUGAUAACUUGUCGAAGGGGGGAGAGAAUGGCGGGAUAAAGGCUCCUGUUGAGAAGAAGCGGAAGUUCUCUCCGAUUGUGUGGGACAGAGAUGAAAAGGCCGUGAGUAAUCCAUUGCAAAUUGGAGGUCGUAAUCAGGUGUUAGCCUCUCUUCCUCCACCCCCUAUGCCUAAGCUGCAAAACGAGUUACCUGAUGUUACUGAAGAGGUAACUGUUGAAACAUCUCCCGUUAGAGGUGCUGACAAUCCGAAGUCAACAUCUUCAUCUCCCAUCAAGGAUCCAAUUUCUAAAUUUUCAGGCGAGUCAGAGUCGCCUAUGGAACUGCUACCUCCAAUGUCAGAUGAACGUCAAUGGGACAAAGGUCUUCGAUCAGAUGCGUUAGAAGAUGAAGAUUAUGUGCCAACUCGCCAUAUAUCUUCCUCAAGAUGGGCAGCUGCUAACAGUUCUCCUGUUGACAAAGGUGAAAUUGUUGAAGAUCACACUAUGAUUAAAAGGAGGAAGAAGCUGCAUCCUUUAGACUCAUCUGAUUCUAGAUUGCGAAGUAAGUCUGUGUCCCCCGAGCCUGGAAGCGUCAAGAGAGAAGGGUCUGAAGGGGGCAAGGGCAGGUUGUCUGCUUCUGAAGACCCGGGAUCUCAUCUGAGGUCCUCGAGUGGAGAUGAAUAUCCCAACAAUGAUUCUGAGAGGGAUGAAGAGAUGGAGGUUGAUGGAGAUAGUGAUUACAAGGAUAGGAACAUGGGUCACUCAGAUACUGAUUCUGAAGAUGAAGAUGGUUCUCAGGGAGCACUAGAACCAGCUGGUCCGCCUCAGAGAUGUGUUAACAUGCUCAGGGGUUGUAGGAGUGUUGAUGAUUUCGAGAGACUUAAUAGGAUAGAUGAAGGUACAUAUGGCGUUGUAUUUAGAGCCAAGGACAGUAAGUCUGGAGAAAUUGUAGCUUUGAAAAAAGUAAAAAUGGAGAGAGAACGAGAAGGUUUUCCUCUUACUGCGCUGAGGGAAAUAAACAUCCUCCUUUCAUUGCAUCAUCCUUCUAUUGUUGACGUUAAAGAGGUGGUUGUAGGUAGUAAUCUUGAUAGCAUUUAUAUGGUUAUGGAGUACAUGGAGCAUGAUUUGAAAGGUCUUAUGGAGUCAAUGAAACAGCCGUUUAGUCAGAGUGAAGUUAAAUGCUUAAUGUUGCAGCUGUUGGAGGGUACAAAGUAUUUGCAUGACAACUGGGUCCUUCAUCGCGAUCUAAAGACAUCAAACCUGCUACUAAAUAAUCGGGGUGAGCUGAAGAUAUGUGAUUUUGGUUUGGCUCGUCAAUAUGGGAGCCCACUAAAGCCAUAUACUCAGAUGGUGGUUACUCUUUGGUACAGGGCGCCUGAGCUUCUUCUGGGAGCACAACAGUAUUCAACAGCAAUUGACAUGUGGUCAUUGGGAUGUAUAAUGGCUGAAAUGCUAUCUAAACAACCUUUGUUUAAUGGCACGAAAGAGUAUGAUCAACUGGACAAGAUUUUCAGAACCCUUGGUACACCGAAUGAAACUAUCUGGCCUGGAUUUGCCAAGUUAUCCAAAGCUAGGGUCAACUUUGUUAAGCAUCCGCUCCCAGCUGGGUGAUUAUGGUCUGGUGAUCUGACAUCCACUGGUUGAAAUUUUCAGUGAGACAUUUGCAUUUCCUGUUCAUUCUUAACAGUAUCACCUACUUCUUUCAGGUAUAACCUGCUACGUAAAAAAUUCCCUGCAACAUCUUUCACUGGAUCACCUGUGCUCUCUGAUGCUGGGUUUGAUUUGUUGAACAAACUGCUGACCUAUGACCCCGAGAAGCGGAUAAGUGCUGAAGCGGCUCUUAACCAUGAGUGGUUUCGCGAAGUACCACUUCCUAAGUCGAAAGAUUUCAUGCCAACAUUCCCUGCUCAACAUGCACAGGACAGACGUCUGCGAAGAACGGUGAAGAGCCCAGAUCCUUUGGAGGAGCAACGUAGGAAAGAGUUGUUGCAGGCAGAUUUAGGGACUGGUGGGUUAUUUGGCUAAAGGAUAUUAUUUUCCAUCCUGGCCUUUUGUCUCCAUGAUUAUCUUCCACAUUGUUGGCACAUUACGAGGUUGAGGUGAGGGAUAACUACUGAAGGAAAGUUGCAAAACAUUGAUUAUCAGAAGAUCGUUGACCCUGUUUUGCUCUGGUGUUUUGAUUGGGGAAGUUAUUUGCCUACUGCCACCAAGUAGUUGUGUUGCAGGUUGCCUUCUUCACCCAGGUGUCAUUCAUUCAGCCUAUAGAUUUUCAUCUGUGACACUGCUUGCUUCGCAAGGUGUGGCAUAAUGGGUUUUCUUCUUUCAAAAAUCAGUUUCAGCUGAAACAAGUGUAUGUAACAUAUUUUUUCUCUGGUACAUUGUAAACAAUUCUAUCCAAUAUGGUUUCGAAGAUUUUGAGAGUAUGGUUAUUGCCGAAUUGCCUGCUAUCUCUCUUUUUUUAAUAUUCACAUUGUGUUUGCAAGAGCCUAUUGAUUUGAAGUGGAGGAGAGAAGUUCUUAGCGUUUCAUUGCCGAAGAAAUAUACAAAAAACUUGAUUUAGCAAAGUACCAACGCAAGCAGGUCCUGGAAGUUACCUGCACACUGCGGAUUUUCUUGAACUUUCAAUUAAUUGUCAACAAGGAUCAUAAAAGGUACCUGCACUGUCAGAAUCUUGUGGUUAUCUGAUUAAAUCCUACUGCCUAUGUAGGCUAGUUCCAUAUAGUUACCAGAUGCAUCGAGUUUAGCGAGGGUCUCUUAUUGGUCAUAUAGAACUAGCAGCACGCAGAGAAGCCGGAGAAUCCAAUGAGUUGCUUGAUUAUGUUGGCCUCAGUGGCGUUUUAUUGAUGGACUAGCUGAGGUCUUCUUGCAUGCAUUUCUCCCUUAUACUUAGUUUACCGUCUUUUGCCUGUGUUUUACCCUACUUAGAAGAAUUAUGCUAAGUGUCCCCCCUACACCUCUCGCUUCGUAAGCACUGACCCAAAAUGAUGUUGCUUUGACGAGUAAUAUGGUCAAGUGUUGCCAUCAGGUUUCAGCUCGAUCCCAUAAGAAGUAGAAUGAUUUGUGCAGUAACUUGUGUUUUGGUAGUGUUGGAAAGGCAAAGAAUUAUAGGCAUUUACUGGAUGAUGGGACCUCCAAUUUGGGAUCUGCCGGUGCUCUUGAAGAAGAGUUCAUUUUUACGGUCCUAUAUCACAAUAACAAAACCUUGCUGUCUUUGUAGUUCAAUAGUCCCAUACACGGAACAAGAGCGAUUUGUGAUGGGGUCUUGUGUUGAUCAUAUAGGAAAUUCACUUUCACAUAGAGAAUUGGUUGGAGAUACUCGUUGGGUUUGCCAAAUAUUGGCCAAGCUUGCAACUUUUCAAUGGUUUUUUUAUCUUGUAUCCGUGUUUCAAUCAUACCUACUAGUAUCUUAAGAAUGGGUGUGUGAUAUCGUUCAGAUUUAAUGCCGUAUUGUUAACUCUAAGCUGUAGCUUACCCUUCAGAUUAGGGCUUUGAUUUUCGAUCCGUCUUGCUUCUCCUGUUGGUUACCUUUACACAGUGAUCAUGUUUCUCGUCCGUGUGUUGCGCUUCCUGUUUCUCUGUGCCGUCUCCCAGUUCCCGGUUACUUAGUGUGGCCUGGUGCUGUGGUGGUAAAGUUGGGGUGUGCAUCGAAGUGGCUUAAUUCUUCAACAAUUGAUUUGAAGGUUUUCUCUACCGUGGCUCCAGGUUUUGCAUUGAUUGGAAAUGCAGAAUGUAGACAGGAAUCUGUGGCUGCUAGCGCGUGGGGCCUUGUUUUCCGGUUGUAGCUCGGGUGGCGCUGCUGGUUGAUCUUUGUAAAUUAGUCUUUUGAUAAUCAAAAUCCUGGUUUUCUGCAGUGGGUGAAUUUAGUGUCGUCAAGGUCGCGAGGCUUAAACAGGUCUAGCUGCCAGAACCACUGCUAGUGGGGAGCAGUAAUAUACGUACUCAGCGCAACGUAUAGAAGCCAUUACUGGAAAAUACGAGACUUGACACCAGAGACCGUCAUUUUUGUUAGCCACGUUAGCAUACAACUGACAGAAUUAACGGAGAUUGAUGAAAUGUACCGGCUAGCAAUCAAAUGUGAACUAUUAUUUAGUGAUCAUUAAUGAAUUAAAUUUAUUUGUGGCCAAAUGUGUAAUAUGUAGUAAUUUCAGUGAUUGAAUUUGCAAUUUGUCCAAUAGGCUAAGGACAAACGGAGAGUGACCAAACAUGGACUGUGUUUCUAAUUUGAGUGACUACAAAUGGAAUAAAUUUAUUUUAGUGGCAAACGUAAACUUCUUAAAUAAUUCUAGUGACCAAAUUUGCAAUUUAUCCCUUCACAUACACCUCAAAGUACAUUCAUUACAUUAAUUCAAUUUACCAAAAUUUUUAAUGCCUUCCAUCGGCCAACAGGCCGGGCUAUAAGCUAGUGAGUUUAAUUACGACGAAUAAUAAAUCUCCUUCUCUCCUUGCCCAGCCGCCCGCUCUCAACCUCACGACAAAUAUAACGAUCUACUCCCAAGCAGAAGCAGUAAUCAAUCUGGAAAGUAAUGGCUGAGUCGAAUCACAACGCAACAAGAAACCCGACCGAGUUCCAGGUGACCAAGGGGAACCCAAGCCUGGUUCCGCCUGCGCAGAGCAGAGAGAAAGGGAGCGUCUACUUCCUCUCAAAUGUCGACGACGUCUUCUGCAUCAUCCGCAUCGUCUACUGCUUCAAGUCCGACCGGCGGAGAGGGAGCGAUUGCGCCGCGGAAGUCAUCAGGGACGCCCUGGGCAAGGUCCUGGUCCACUACUACCCGAUGGCCGGCCGUCUGGUCCUCUCGCCGGAGGGAAAGCCCACCCUCAAUUGCUCCGGCGAAGGGGUGGUUUUCGUCGAGGCGGAGGCCGAUUGUGGGCUGGAAGACGUUGACUUCUCGCGGCCGUUUGAUAGGUUCGCGCGUGAGAAGCUGGUGGUUUAUGAUCUUCCUGGCGUGCCCGACAAAUUCGAGAUCCCUCUCAUAGCUCAGGUGACUAGGUUCAAAUGUGGAGGAUUGGUGGUGGGAAUCUCCUUCAAUCACCUAUUGGGAGACGGACAAGCGAUAGCGGAAUUCGUCAACUCAUGGAGCGAAACCGCAAGAGGACUGCCCCUCUCCGUCCCGCCAUUCCUCGACAGGACAAUUCUCAGAUCCAGAACCCCACCCAAAAUCGAGUUCCGCCACUCCGAGUUCGAACCUCUGCAGCACCACAAAUCCUCCGCCGCCGACGAACAAAUCACGACUCACAGGUACAUCCGACUCACUCCAGAAAUGAUCAAGAGGGCAAAAUCAAACGCAAUCGGAGCCACAUUAAGCAACCACUACUCCACCUACGAAGCCAUCUUCGCAUUCGCGUGGCGGGCUCGAAACCGCGCGCUGAAAACGGUGCCGGAUCAGCUGACAAGGCUCCUGUUGGUGGUCAACACGAGGGGCAAAUUCGAGCCGCCGCUGCCGAAAGGGUAUUUUGGGAACGCGCUCAAUUUCGCCGCGGCGCAUAGCCUGGCAGGGGACCUCGUCGGGAAUCCGGUUUCCUACGCCGCGGUGAAGAUUCGGGAGGCAAUUGGGAGGGUGAGCGACCGGCGAUUGAGGUCGGUGAUCGAUUACUGCGAGGUGACGACGAGAGCUAAUAAUAAGCGGCGGCCCAGCGGUUAUGGUAAGAUGGUGGCCACGGCGAUGUCGAGGUUGCCGUUCUCUGCGGCGGAUUUUGGCUGGGGAAAGCCCAUCUCCUGCCUGCUGGUGGAGCCUCCGUCGGAUGAUAAUAUGGUGCUCUUUGAUCAUCCGACGGAGAAAGGGAGCUUGAUUUUAUUUAUCGCCUUGCCGGGUCAGGCGAUGGUGAGAUUCGAGCGGCUGGUGGAGGAGGAACUUUGUCAUACUAUAAAUGUCACGUGCGGAAUCCGUGGGCUGGCGCCGUGUCGUCUUUAACUUAAAUACUUAACAGAUGGUGGGAAUGGGUCAGGAUUUGGCGAUGGAGAUAUAUAUGAAGUAAUAAUAAUGUAUACCAUCAUGUUAGGUUCAUAAAUUUGGGGGGAGAUAAGUUGAACGUUGAGUAUCGCAUCCUAUUUUCUGAAUCGAGAAAUGAGUAGUUGUGGAUAUUUAUAUUUGAAAAACAACUUAAUAUAUUCACCGU